AUAGAAUCGUGUAAACUAUAGUUAGAAGUCCCUAUAGUUGUGGUAGCAGCAGCCAUGGCCUCCGCGUCGACCUUGGAUCCUCCGAAUGCCACCGACUCCUCCGAAGCCGACCUAAACCCUAAUCCUUCCAACGCCUUAUUCCCUGUUUCCCCAAAUGCUUCUGCCGUCUGCCUUCUCAGGUUCGCCGGAGACUCCGCCUCCGGCGCCCUCAUGGGCUCCAUCUUCGGCUACGGUGCCGGUUUGUUUAAGAAAAAAGGCUUUAAAGGAUCCUUUGCAGAAGCCGGGUCUCAUGCCAAGACAUUUGCAGUUUUGUCUGGAGUGCACAGUUUGGUUGUCUGCAUUUUGAAGAGGAUACGAGGAAAGGAUGAUGUCAUUAAUGCAGGAGUAGCUGGAUGUUGCACCGGUCUCGCUCUCAGUUUUCCUGGCGCACCCCAGCAACUUCUACAAAGUUGUCUCACUUUUGGGGCCUUCUCAUUUAUUCUUGACGGCCUCAAUAAGCAGCAGCCUGCUCUGGCACAAUCAUUUCCUCUGAGAGUUAAAAGUGAAGAACAUUCUUCAUUGGUACUCCCUCUUCAACUAUCACUUACUGGGGAACUGAAAGAGGGCUUCACCGCAUUCCGCAACUCCUUGAAGAAUCACAAGAAGGGUACUCCUCGCAUGACCUAAGAAAUUUUGUUUCAUCACCUUUAAAGCUUUUUGAUCUUUAAUUUAAAUGUUUUAUUUUUGUUUCCCUGGUGAGAUCGGGACAUUGUCUUCGAUGUAAAGUUCUAGUUGCAAGUUGUGAAAUUCGCCUAUUGCUUUGCUUUACUGAUUCUGAAUCAAGUAUAUGGAAAUUGUUCAUUGGCAACAACUUGAAAAUACUGUUUUUGCCUAAUC